GCCACACUCCCCGCACAACACUGGCCGCUGCUUCACUGGUGGGCUUGAGACAGCUUCGAAACAAGAGAAAGUUUGAAGCAUUGAUCUGGUGGAUGUAAACAAAAGGCGCCUCCGCCCGGACCUUCGCUGCUCCUCCCCGGCCAUGGCCUCCCUCGCCCCGACCAUGGUAAUGUGUCCCCCCUCGCCUCGACCAUGGUAAUGUGUCCCUCGCCUCGACCAUGUGAUGGCAUCGAGGGAUAGUGGGACUUCAGGCAGUGGUGGCGUUGGUACAGGAGGUUUGGUACUUCACCAACAGCAUAACCCUCAGGCUUCCAGCAUGACUGCUGCAGUUGGAGCUGCAGGUGGAGGGGGAGGAGGAAUGCCCGUUGGGGCAGUUGCUGCCGGAAGCUCCCAAGCAGCAGGGGCAGGAGAAGCGGCUGGAAGAGUCAGUAAUGUUCAGCGUAUCCAGCAAAAGAAGGCACAAGUGAGAGCUUGGCCUCGAGACAAGAAACUGGAGAAGUUGGCCAUAUAUUCUUCAUGCAGGGCUGAUGAGAAGUGCAAGUGUAAUGGUUGGAAGAACCCGAGCCCUCCAGCACACCCUGCACGUCCCGACACUCCUCAGCCAGCAGCGCCCCCUUCCCAGCCGUGCCGCAGCUGUACACACACCUUAGGGGAUCAUGUAAGCCACCUUGAAUCUGCUGGAGAUGAUGACUUGGAUCGUCUGCUGUCCAUUGUUGUAGAUGUGGAGAAUCUCUUUAUUUGUGUUCAUCGGGAGGAGGACCCAGACACUAAGCAGGUGUACUCUUAUCUGUUCCGGCGUCUGCGAAAGUGUAUUUUACAAGUCAGUCCUCCGACAGUUGAAGGACCUUUGGGUACACCUCCAUUUGAACGACCCUCAAUUUUCAAGGGUGUAACUAACUUUGUGUUGCACAAAUUUAACCAUCUUCAACAAAAGGACUUCCAGAUGAUGAGCGACUUGGCCAAGAUGUUUCUUCACUGCCUCAACCACUGGCGUUUAGAAACACCAUCAGCCAGGCGGGCUCAUACCACCCCUGAAGAAAGCUCUGCGUAUAAGGUCAACUAUACAAGGUGGCUGUGUUUUAGCUACGUGCCACAGUUGUGCGACUCCCUGCCUCACCAUGAAACCACAGCAAUAUUUGGCAGAACUUUCCUUCGGGCAGUUUUCCACACUUUACGCAAGCAGCUGCUCGAUAAAUUUCGAGCGGAAAAGGAUAAAAUGCCUGCCGAAAAGAAGCUGUUACUUCUCAAUCAUUUUCCGAGGUUCUUGUCAAUGCUUGAAGAAGAGGUAUACUCAAACACUUCUCCCAUUUGGGAUGCAGACUACCGGCCUCAGUUGCCCCCACAUCUACACAACCAAGCUGCGGAAAGAGGUAAUACUGCUGCACGGGGCGAAUUUGAGAGGUUGUCGGUGCAGCCAGGAGAUGGUCAUUACACCACUGUUAGCCUGUCAUCUGCCACUACACGAAGACAACGCAUCGAUGACAGAGGAGAGAAACGAGAAGGAGAUGAUUUAUCAGACAGCAUUUGCGGUAAGAGAAUAAAAAUAGAAACAGAAGAUUUGGGUGAAGAGACAGUUGCUGAGGUUGUUGCUACAAUUACUGAUCCAAGAAAAAUGAUUGGUCCAGAGGUCCUCUUCUCGGAGAAUGCCGCCAGAGACGAGGCUGCUAAGGUCAGGGUUGGAAGGAGUAUACUGUCACGAAGUCCUUUCUUCACAUCCAUGCUUGAAGAACGAAAGGGUAACAUCGAAUUCCAUGUCAUUGGUAACUCCCUAACUCAAAAGGUUUCGAAACAGACAAUGCUGUGGUUGAUUGGUCUUCAGAAUGUGUUUUCUCAUCAGCUUCCACGGAUGCCCAAAGACUAUAUAACACGGCUCGUGUUUGACCCGAAACAUUGUACAUUAGCCUUGAUCAAGGAGAAUCGACCCAUUGGAGGUAUAUGUUUUCGGAUGUUUGCUGCCCAGGGAUUUACGGAGAUUGUCUUCUGUGCAGUUACGUCUAAUGAACAAGUAAAGGGCUACGGUACCCACAUGAUGAACCACUUAAAGGAUUACCAUGUCAAAAAUAAUGUUCUUCAUUUUCUUACCUUCGCUGACGAGUUUGCCAUCGGUUACUUCAAGAAACAAGGAUUUAGCAAGGACAUUCAGCUGUCCCGCGCCGUGUAUCAGGGCUACAUCAAAGAUUAUGAGGGAGCUACGCUAAUGGGCUGUGAAUUAAAUCCAAACAUUGUUUAUACAGAAUUUACUGCUGUUAUUAGAAGGCAGAAGGAGAUAAUAAAAAAACUAAUUGAAAGAAGGCAGAGUGAAAUCCGUAAGGUACACCCAGGACUGACCUGCUUCCGAGAUGGGGUGCGAGAAAUACCCAUUGAGAGCAUCCCGGGAAUACGAGAAGCAGGCUGGAAGGACCCGGGGACUCCCUCUCGUGCAUCUCGGUCGCCCAGCCACGAGCAGCAGGAUCCCGAGUACUUGCACAGCAUGCUGAAAACACUGCUCUGCAAUGUUGGUAUUAUAUUUGUCAUUUUCAAAUAUUAUUAAUGAUUAAUAUCAUGA